AUGGCACCCCUGAUCCGAGUCAUUGGAUCACUCAAUGUGGAUAUGGUCUCAGUCACACCCCGGUUCCCAAACCCAGGCGAGACAAUCACUUCCUCAUCCUACUUCACCAGCGCGGGCGGCAAGGGUGCAAACCAAGCAGUGGCAUGCGGGCGUAUGUCCCGAUCUAAGCCAACAGGCACCGCCAACUCCACCAGCGAUGUCAAAGUUGAAAUGAUUGGCGCAGUCGGCGCGCUAGAUGCCCACUUCUCCGCUCUGCUCAAGCCGACCCUCGAGAGAUCCGGAGUCGACCCGUCCCGAGUGAAAGUCAUCGAGAACGCAUACACGGGUGUGGCGGUGAUCAUUGUGGACUCGUCAGCUGGCGGGGAGAACCGCAUUCUCUUCUCGCCUGGUGCAAAUUACGAUGGCAUGCAGCCUACCCCGGAAGUGCUGGGUAUGGCGCUAGCGGCGCCCGUACCCGAUGUUAUCGUUAUGCAGGGCGAGAUCCCGGUCGAAACGGUUAUUGGGAUACUACGCGAGAUCGCAGCUUACAAGGCCAAGGCUCGCGCUGCUGGGAAACGCGGCAUUGAGUCCGGUCCGGAUGUUAUGCUUAACCCGGCACCUGCGCCGCCUGGUGGCUUGCCUAAGGAUGUAUAUGCUGCUGUCGACCAUUUGAUCCUGAACGAGACGGAGGCUGAGCUGAUGACUCCCCCUGCGGAACAACUGCUUCGCACGGUUCCGGACGCAGAGGGCUUGGAUGGCAAGGAGAAGGUCGCUCGAUAUUUCCACAAAUUGGGUGUCACUUACAUACUUAUCACGUUCGGCGAGAAGGGCCUUUGGUACAGUUCGGCCGAUGCCGGCUCCUCUGGACCUAGUGAUGGAGUGAAACGCUUCACUAAUGAUAUUCCAGCCGCCCCUGUCUCUCAUGUCUUGAAUACUACUGGAGCGGGUGAUACAUUUGUUGGGGCCUACGCGGUCAGGGUGGCGCGGUGGCGUGAGCAGCGUCGCGCGGAUGGCAAGGCUGGGCAGGAUCUUGCCGAUGACGAGAAGGCAUACCGGUAUAAGACUGUCAUGGACGAAGCGAUGCAUGUGGCUGCGCGCGCCUCGGCUCGGGCUGUGGAACGUCAGGGUGCCAUGGAUAGCAUUCCUUUUGAGAAUGAGGUCUAA